AUGGCUGCUAAGAUCGUGGAUAGAGGCUAUUUGACCAAGUGCCGGCUGGAAGGAGCAAGAGGAGAAGAGGUUCCAUGGUACGCAGACUUUGUGAACUACUUGGUGUGCAGGGAAGUUCCAAGUGGAUGGAGUGGUUAUCAGAGAAAGAAGUUCUUCAAAGAUGUGGUUCACUACUACUGGGAUGAACCUAUUUGUUCAGAAAAGGGAAUGAUAACUUGUUCAGAAGAUGUGUGGCUAAAGGAAGUUGAGGGAAUCUUGUUCCAUUGCCACGGGUCAAGCUAUGGAGGCCAUUUUGCGGUUUUUAAAACGGUCCAGAAGGUGUUGCAAGCAGGUUUUUGGUGGCCAAGUAUGUUCAAAGAUGCUCAUGCCUUCAUCUCUAAGUGUGAGGCUUGUCAAAAGGCAGGGAACAUCACGGCAGGAACGAGAUGCCUCAGAAUCCUAUCUUGGAAGUUGAAGUGUUUGACGUGUUUGAAACCUUUUGAAGAAAUAUGGGUGAAGCACAAGAUAGCCACACCAUACCACCCUCAAACUAGUGGUCAAGUGGAGAGAACUGCUUACAAGAACGCCAAUUGGGAGAUCUCCAUACUCUUUGAUCUAUGGGAAGUCUUGUCCAUUUGCCUCUUGAGCUUGGAAUAUAGAGCUAGAUGGGCAAUUAAGUUCCUAAACAUGGAGCUAAGUACAGCUCAGGAGAAGAGGGAAAUGGACCUCCACGAGCUAGAGGAGAUUCGCUUGGAUGCUUAUGAGAGUUCUCGAAUAUACAAGGAGAGAACUAAGGCCUUCCAUGACAAGAGAAUCACUCCCAAGGUUUUCAAGGAGGGAGAUGAUGUGCUCCUCUACAACUCAAGGCUCAAGCUAUUCCCUGGGAAGCUUAAGUGUCGCUGGUCAGGACCAUUCAAGGUCAAGGAAGUGUUGCCUUAUGGAGCCAUCACCCUAGUGAACAACAAUGGAGCUGAGUUCACGGUUAACGGUCAUCGGUUGAAGAAGUACAUGGGGAGUCAAAGCAUUGGAGAGGGAAGUUCAAUCCGUCUCCAUGAUCCACCCCAAGCCUAA